AUGGACACCGUGUCCCUAGAGCACCAGAUCCAGAGCGCACAACGCCACAUCAGCUUCCUGAAGAAGGAACAGAUGGCCCUGCUGCGGGACCUGCACCUGGAGAUCCUGAGGCUGCAGAAACGCUGCUCAGAACUGACCCACGACCUGGAGAUGAGAGAAGCGCAAUCCCACCAGCAAGAGGAGGCGUCCCGGGAGCUGGAGAGCAAAUGCCGGGCCCUGGAGUCGCAGCUGGCGGCGCGGGCAGCAGCCAACGCCGAGCUGCGGAGGGAGGUGGCCCAGCGCGAGGCCCUGGUGUCGGCACUGCGCUGCAGCCUGCGCGCCGAGGAGCGCCGCUUCCUAGAGGAGCUGCGGCGCCGCAGCCACCGCGCCACCGUGCUGGGCACCGAGCUGCAGAAGCACACCGAGGCGGCCGCCUACCUCUCCUGCCAGCUGCACGCAGCGCGCCAGAGACUGCAGGCUCCGCGCGCGGGCCCCACCGCCGUCAGCGCAGCCUCCGCCGCGGCCGCCGAGCCCCGACCCCGCAGGCGCGCACAGCGAGCCCGUCGCCCGCCCACCGACGCCGCCGUCGCCAAGGGCCCCAGCCGGGACUGGGCCACCUGGGACCGCGAGGCCGGUGCCCUGGACGACGCCGAGCCCAUGCCCGACCCCGCGGUCUUCCUCUACGCCCGGAGACCCCUGCGGCCCAGCGGACGCAGCCCGCGCCAGCCGCCUCCCCGGGAGCCCUCGGACCAAGCAGGCCCGCAGCCGGGGCCCUGCCGGAGCCCACCCGCCGCGCCCGGCCCGCCCAGUGCACCCGGGGACCCGGAGUAG